ACGACGAUGGCGACUCACAAUCGCGGAUCGUGGAUCUCACUGUCGGAUGAAUCGAAUUUCGAGGACCUGGACGACGACAAUUCCAGCGAAGAAUAUUAUCUUGGAGAAUAUCUCCGACGAAUUCCUCAGUCCGACCAUACCAGCGACUCUGUCGGCACCGCCGGCUCCACUGAUUCAGUCCCAUUUCGACCAGAGAUGAGCUCGAAUGCGGCAGUAUCUGGAGCCCAAAUACUUCUCAAUUCACCCAUGAACCCGGAAUCGAACAAAAAUAUCGCACUCUACGGUUACCAACCGCGAGACCCAUCGGCUUUCGACUAUCAUCUACCAUACCGUCCGCAACAGCAAUCCCUCACUUCCUCGACCCCAGCGCUCUCUUCCUCGUCGUCGGCAUCUACGAGGUCGUCCGCCUACACGACCCAGAGCAAUGGCAGCGUCGCCUCCCCCACCUCCCCCAACAGCAACGUCCGUAUCGCCUCAAAUGAAGAUUUGAGCCCUGGAGUUGGUCAAUUCGCUGUUGGGAUCACAUCCGACUCUGUGGUACAGCUUAUGUCAAACGAUGCAGUCCGCGCUCCAGGUGACCAGUCUCGCUGGUCUGCUUCCUAUUCGACCACCUCCAGAUCUCGAUCCUCGUCCGUCGGUGCUGGAAGCGUCAGCAACGACCAACCUCAUCCACGCCUGACAUCGAAAAAGAGUUACGACAUGUCAUGGCAGCAGGCGUUGGAUGAGCGGGAUGAAUUUGGCGCGAGUGAAGAAGAUACGGAUGCGGACGAUCUGUUACUUGACGAUGAUGACCGAGAUGACGAGGAAAGCGAGGAACGCACUGCGGCGGCCUUAGUGGCCGAUGAAGGGCGGGGUCUUAUCGUCAAGGGCGAGGGCGUUGUGUUAUCAGAGUUGCCUGUGCAACCAGGCACGACCCACCUUUUGCUCAACUCUUGCGGCUCCCCCAACAGUUUGCCGGCCUUCCUUACCGCGGUCGUCCCGCAGAUCUGCACCUCACUUCUUGCAUUAGACAUCUCAGCCAACUUCCUCAGCGCUCUACCCCCGACCCUUGCACUGUGUAUCUGCCUUGAAGAGCUUAACAUUGCUUCAAAUCCACUUCGGGUUCUACCGGUUUUCCUCGCUGACCUCGUGCAUCUGCGCGUACUCAUCGCGGACUCCACGGGUCUGUCUACCCUGCCAGACGCAUUGGCGGACUGCGACAAGUUGCACACAAUCAGCGUGCGGCGGAACAAGAUGCAUGCAUUGCCCAGUUGGUUGGCGGUGCUGCCAGAUCUGCAGACGCUCUACGUAGAUGGCAAUCCAUUCCAGGGCCCUUGGAAAGCUCUGGUCGAGCCUUUACUCGCCAAAGUUCCUUCUACUCCGAUUUAUCCGCUCUCGACGCCGACUUUCCCGACAUCGAUGCACUCUCCUUCGUCCGCUGAAACGUCGACUGACGACGAACAAUCUGAGCCUCCCAGCUCAGGUCCCAGCUCGAGCAGAUUUCAGAACACCAUAGAUGAAGAUCACACAAUCACCCCGGAUAUGGCACGAUCACGCUCGCCUGGUGAUGGGACAAGAGGCGGGUUGACCCGGACGAGAACGACACCCAAUCGUGCUAACCCAGUGGUCUCGCGACAUGGAACACCUCAGCCAGAAAACGAGGAUGCGGGCUACUUCGUCGAUCGCCCUGCUGAAGUUCGUAGGAUGAAGAGUGCUGGCGAACUGAGGCAGGGCCUGGGAUUGAGUCAUCUCGAAGCGCCUACGGCCAGCACGUCUCGCUCCAGCACCAAUCUUCUGCAAGACAUACACCCGACGCAGAAGCGAUUUGGUAGUGUCGGGCCUUCCACCACACUGGGCGUGAGUCCGGUGACCUACUCUCCAGCGAAUGGACGACCUCCUUUGACCAACUCGAUGUGGAAUGCUCCCAAUCGUGUUUCCCAGACCGAACAUCCGUCUCCCAGCCGCAACGAAUCUUCCACGACGAUCCGAGUUGGCAAAGACGGCAAGGAAAAAAGUCGCUGGGGCUUCCUGAAGAAGAUGUCAAUGGGGAAGAUGAAGCCAGAUCCAGCGUCGCCGCGGCCUUCUCCGCCUCGCCCUGGGAUGAUUAGGGCGCCAGGCACUGCGCCCCUACUUUCGGGGCCGUCGAAUGGCAUACCGCAAAUCAACAUGAGGAUAUCCACGACCGGAGCGCUGGAUUCUUUCCACAGCAGCGCACCGCCCACAGUCUCUGUCGAGUCGGAAUCGAGGUUGGAUAGCAUGUUCACGGCACCGGGUUCUGGUGCAUCCGGACUACUCGCCCCGGGGCCCACACCACGGACCACCAAACGACGCAGUUUCCUGCCGCUGGACGCAGUGCCUCAUGGGGGCCUCAACAUUCCCAUCCCCGAUGCCUCGGCAUUCAUGCCCAACGUCACUGUGACCGGUGACAUCGAAGCUGAUGGGACCCCGCUGCCCAGUCCGGUCGGGGUCGCUGGCGAGAACUGGAUGCGCCGGGAGGAGGACCGGGCAAGAGAUGCAUACCAGCGGGCUUUGCGAAGUGUGAUGGCCUACCUCAAGGACAUGAACGACUUGGGGGUCUCGCAGCAGGCUGCCGCAUUGGGAACGUACGGCCAGGGCGGAGAGGAGCUUGUCGUGGGAAUGCGCCAGAGAAGACCAACAGGACUCGAGCGAGAGGCUUCCAUGGCUUCUACGGGCAGCUCUACCGAAUCCGGGCAGUUGCGGUCGCUCGAUUCUAUGACUAGCAUGCGAGGAUCGACGCAAACGAAUAGCGUAGCCACCACGGACAGCAGUGGAUCGGGUAGCGACGAGCGCAAGUACAAGGAUGACAAGGGCAAACGCGCUAUGGUGGUUCGGGAAAUCGUCGUAACGGAGCGGACCUAUGUCAAGGGACUGCAUGAGCUGGUGGAUAUCUACAUCAAACCAGGCUCUGCCCCCGUCAACGUGCUCGGCAGCUCAAGCAAAGAAACGGUUGUCCCUGCCUCCGAGCGGAAAGUCGCGUUUGCGGGCAUCGAGGCACUCUUUUCUUUCCACAAAGACAGCUUCCUGCCCGCACUGGAGAUCGCCGCUGCACCCAUCAUGAAAUCGAGUGCGGAUCUUGCCGAAGCCGAUGCAGACGGUCAGUUGUCGCUGACCGUUGCCAAAGCUAUCGGCAGCAUGUUCCUCAAACACGCUGCGUUCAUGCGCAUGUAUUCUACUUACAUCAACAACUUUGACAGUGCUGUCCAGCGAGUCCAGAGUUGGACGAGAGCAGCGGCACCUGUCAGUUCGACCCCUGCAAUAACCCCCUCUACUUCUCAAUUGGCCGGUCUCGGUCUUGCUCUGUCUGCCGUCUCGAAUCCCGUUUCCCCAGAAAGCAGUGUCGCACCUGGGCUGCCUGCUCUGUCCACAAGCCAACGCAAACGGCUGCGAACUUUCAUGAAACGGUGUCAGAUCAACCCUCGACAUUCUCAGCUGAAUCUGGAGGGUUAUCUACUGCUUCCUGUACAGCGCAUUCCGCGGUAUCGAUUGCUGCUUGAGGAACUGCUGCGAGCGACACCGCCCACUUUCGAGUACAUGGACGAUCCGUUAGACCGCUCGUUGGCUGAGAUCUCUCUUUUGGCCAACAACAUGAACGAAGGCAAACGUGAAUCUGAAUCGCGUCAGAAACUGGUGCAGUGGCAGGCACGAAUCCGAGGACGAUUCCCGAGUCCCUUGGUGCAGCCCCACCGGCGGCUCAUCAUGGAUGGGCAUCUGCUGUUGACACGUGUUGUGCGCAAGGCGAUGGUCUCCUUCGAGGCUCUCAACGCGCAAGGAGAUCCGUGCACGGUCCAAGUUGACUGUCUAGCACCAGAACUGACGCCGCGGCCCCUGGUCGGCAUUUUGUGUAACGAUCUGCUUGUUCUCUGUCGGGAUCCGUCGGAAGGACAGGAUCCCCAGUGCGCCGUAGAUCUGUGGGCUGUGUUGCGCAUGCAGACGCUGCCGCAGCCUGCGAGCAUUGUGCAUGGCAAUGCCCUGCGGUUGGUAGAUAACAAGGCGAUUCUGUACUUUGAUGCGCCGACACCUUCUGAUGCAUUAAAUUGGUUCAGAGCCAUCAAUCUGCACAUCCCCAAGACCUAGUGGCCAACCGACGCUCGCUGCAUUUGUCUGCUUUCGCAUUACUGGAGAAUCUAGUCUGACCACGCUCUUUCUAUCCACUUUGUCCAUUGUAUCAACUCAAGUCGUAUAUAUUCGAAGCCUUUCGUCGAGAUGCUUGCCUCUCUUGUAAAUGCUUUGCCUGAUGGAAUACAUCAGCCUGGCUCCGGUAGAGGAGCUGGUGAAUAUAUGAUACUGCUCUCUAA